CUCAUAGUGAAAACCAGAACAACUUCCUAUUGCUUUCCAAUUAACUUUAUUUUUUUAUCAAUUUCGAUAUGAAAGAUAUAUACAGUGGAAAGAUUUGAGUUAACAUAUAAGUUUCUCUUAUUCCUCAGCGAUAUUUCAAUGCUAGCCUGUUGGCAAGCUACCCGCAGCAGAAAACGAAGUAAAUGCUAAAAACGAAAUCAACAACUUUCUAAUUUCUGAGGAGAGUGUUUUCACAUUUUCACUUCCUUUCCUAAGGUUAAAUACAAAGAUCUAAAGACAAUAUGGAAUUAAGUUUGGAAAUAUGGUUGUGGAUAUCACUUGCCGUUUUGGCGCAUGUUGGUGUAUAUGUGUUCGUCAUGCGUAAACGACCAAAAAUGCUGGUGGGACGUCAUGUGGUUAUAACUGGAGGCUCUCGAGGCAUUGGACUAUGCUUAGCUGUGGAAUGUGCAAUGAAAGGAGCUAAUGUAACCGUAAUUGCUCGUGACCAAAAAUUACUCAGUGGCGCAGUGGCGCUAAUGGAAGUAAUACGCCAAGUGCCAGAUCAAAAAUUUCAGUAUCGUUGCCUAGAUAUUGCUUCAAAUUAUGACGAUGUAGCAAAUACUCUUAGAGAAGUUGAGGAGGGCUUAGGAGAUAUAUAUAUGUUGGUUAAUUGCGCUGGUAUGGCUAUUUGUGGUGUGUAUGAGGAUAUAUCAGUGGACGAUGCGCGAAAACUUAUGGAUAUCAAUUAUUGGGGCAGCUAUAACUGCACGCGUUAUGUCCUGCCUAAAAUGAAGAAAUCACGAGAGGGUAUCAUUGUAUUUACGUCCUCAUUAGCAGCUCUUUUCGGUAUUUACGGCUACGGACCCUACACGGCUUCAAAAUAUGCUGUGCGUGGUAUGGCUGAAACCAUUGCAAUGGAAACGCGUCAUCUGGGCAUUUUGGUAACAUUAGCUUUGCCUGCAGAUACUAAUACACCUGGUUUUGAAAACGAGGAGAAAACAAAACCGAAAGAAACGAAAAUAAUAUCAGGUGGUGGAGGCUUGGCGGAACCACAACAAGUGGCGAAACAAAUUCUUAAUGAUGCCUUGCGCGGUAACUUCAUUUCGAUUUUAGGGGCUGAGAGUUGGUUCCUUACAUUACUGGGAGGCGGUCUUUUCCGUUGGGGUGGAUUUUUUCAAAAUCUAAUUCAUGCCUUAUUAUUGGGACCCCUACGUAUUGUCGGUUGCUUUUUACACUUGCACUUCGAACGGGUAAUUAAGAAUUGUGCAAAGGAUAAAAAAGACUGAUGAUUCCAUUAUUGACAUUAUUAAUAUUUAUUUUUAACAUACAUGCAUUUAUUAACUAAUUCAACAUACUUAAGAUUACGCUUAAUUAGUUACAACUGUACAGUGCCUUUAUAAAGACAGUUCGAAAAAAACAAAAUUCAUCAUUUACGUUAUCCAUUUCUGCAAUUAUACAAAUUAUUAAAAACACGAUUUUUAUAACAAUAUUAUAAUAUAAGCCAAAGAAUGAAAUCUUAU